UUUUUAUUUCUGACAUUCCUGCAGGUACGAUGCUGCUCCCAGCAAGCGUUCUGAUUGGCCUGCUGUGGCUGAGCCGUGCAGGAGGUGUCGAGGGUUUCGCUCGUCUCCAGGACGACGUGGAGUUACGCUCGGCCUUCUCGGUCGCUCGGACCAGCAGCAUGGAGGGCGGACCGAAGAUGACGGUGACCUUUGACACCGUUUACGUCAACAUCGGCGGGGAUUUUGACGCCAAGGCCGGUUUGUUUCGCUGCCGUAUCCCCGGAGCUUAUUAUUUCUCCUUCACAGUGGGCAAGUUCCCACAUAAAGACCUGUCAGUGAUGCUGAUGAAGAACAGAAACGAGGUGCAGGCCAUCGUGUACGAGGAGAACGCCGGAGAGGAGAGGAAGGUGCAGAGCCAGAGCGUGAUGCUGCAGCUGGAGUUCGGUGACACCGUCUGGCUGCGUCUCCAUGGCGACCCCCGCUACGCCCUCUACAGCAACACGGGCCACUACACCACCUUCAACGGUUACCUCGUCUACCCCGACACCUACGACUACCAGACGCACCACCACCAGCAGCACCACCCCGCCUACAACUCCCAGCAGCCCCUGCAGGACAGCAUCCCCCAGGCCACGGAGCACGCCAGGUCAGGGGCCGAGGAGGAGGAGAAGGAGCAGCAGCACCGGGAGGAAGAGGAGGACGAGGAGGAGGAGGAGGAUGACGAGGACGACCAGAGAUCUGCCUUCUCGGUGGGACGCACCCAGAGCAUCGUGGGAGUCAACCAGGUGGGGAUGCCGCAGCACCAGCCGGUCAGCUUCGACACGGCCUUCGUCAACAUCGGGGAGGACUUCAACGUGACGGAGGGGGUGUUCACCUGCCGAGUUCCCGGGGCUUAUUACUUCUCCUUCAACGUGGGCAAGCUGCCGCAGAAGACGCUGUCGGUGAAGCUGAUGAAGAACCGUCUGGAGGUGCAGGCGAUGAUCUACGACGACAGCCAGGGAGAGAAAGCCCUGCAGAGCCAGAGCUUGAUGCUGUCGCUGAAGCCGGGCGACACGGUGUGGCUCUACUCCCACCAGAGAGACGGCUUCGGGGCCUACAGCAACCACGCCAAGUACAUCACCUUCACCGGCUUCCUGGUUUACCCGGACUUCCCCGCCAGCACCGCCGCCACCAGCCAAUCAUAUGCAGACAAGAAGCCCUAGCUGCAGAACGCUGGUUAGAGACUGAACAUUGUCGGAGGAAUUCAUGCAAGAUGGAAAAGUCUCAGAGUCCACACACGCUGCUCUGUGGUCGUCUUUCCUCUUCAUAUGAAUUCCUCCACAAAGUCACAGGGACCUUGGACUGAGUGUUAAAAGAAAAUCUCUUCAGAUUUCAGCUAAUGGCUUCCCAAGAUACGACUUUAUCACACUCAAAUGUGAAUGUUUCACUCGAUAAUGAAAACUCAGUCAUUACCCGCUCACCUCUGUGUCACCGACAAAAGAGACAGAAAUUGUACCUCUGUGUCUUUUUUACAGCUCAAAAAAUAUAAAAAAUUCAGUCUGUGUCCGCUGUUGGUGCAGCACGAUAAAUGUGUUUUAUGAUCAGAUGGCUGCGCUGUGGGCCCACUCACAAACAUCUGACUGAAGAAAAAUAAAAUCAGUGGUUGUGUAAGAACUAUUCAGAUCCUUCACUUAACUAAAAGGAACACAGGAGUCUAAAAAUACUCCACUUGAAGUACAACAACAAAACCUUUACUACGCAAAUGUGUGUAUUAAAGGUACGAUACUCUUUUUAAAAAAUAAUACAUCGCAUUCUUGGAUGUUGUGGUAAAGUUUUAGGCUCUUACGAGCUGUAGAUGAGACACUGAAUGAGCAUUCACUGGAGAUUUAUACCAUGCAUUUAAAAAGUAUUCACCCCCGUUUGAAGUUUUCUCAUUUCAUUGCUUUUUAAGAAUGAUGGUCAAUUUAAUUAGUUUUUUUGUUGUUGUUUUUACAAGAAUUUACAAAAAAAGGGCUUUCAUAUCAAAGUGAAAACAGAUUUCUGUGAUGUUAUCAUUGCAAAAUAUAAAAUGUAAAAUAAUUGAUUGGGAGGAGUCACAGGUGUCUUGGUGGCCUCCCUCACUAGUCUCUUUAUUGCACUCUAGUUAAGACCUCAUAUGAGCUUUUUUUCUACAGUGGCUUUCUCUUUGUCACUCUUUGCUGACAGUUUUAUGAACAGUCUCUCCCAUUUCAGCUGUUGAUGCUUAUAACUCCUUUAAAGCAGUCAUAGGUGUCUUGGUGGCCUCCUUCACUAGCCUCUUUAUUGCACGGUCACUUUUAAAGACUGCCUGCCAACCAAUAAAAAACAUAUAUGAUAUCUUUAAAAAGUGAUUAGGAGGAGUCAUAGAUGUCUUGGUGGCCUCUCCUAGUCAACUCUUUCUUGCACAAUAACUGAGUUUUUGAGGACGACCUGCUCUAAGCAGAUUUACACUUUUUCCUUAUUCCUGCAGGCUGGCCACCAAGACACAUGACAAUGACUCCUCCAGAUUAUUUAUUUCACAUUUUAUAUUUCAAAUUUAUUGACAUUAUGUUUUAUCAGCUGGAGUGCAGUGAAUUCCAUCAUUGGGAAAUUGAAGAAAUGGCAAAUGGAUAUAUCUGCCUAAAGCAAGCCAUCCUCAAAAGUGACUGAGUGACGGUACAGGAAACAGACCAGUGAGGGAGGCCACCAAGACACCUAUGACUCCUCCAAAUCCCUCAUUUUACAUUCUGUAUUUUUAAUUAAUUGAUUUUUUUUAGCAAUCUGCUUGAGUACAGUUAAAUCUAUAAUCAAGAAAUGGAAGGUAUAUGGCAAA